AUGGACACACCCAACCUGGUCUUCAGCAUCAUUUCCAGGGCUGGAGAUGUUGGAACAUAUCCGUGGGAGCCAGAAGAUGCUAAGGAGAAUACCAUCACCAUUUUAAAUAUUACUGCUUACCAUAUCAAAUCAACGCCAAGGUGGAGGGGGGUCCUACCGAGGGAGGAGCUAGAGGCCACCGCGACCGGCAGAGAGCGAAGGCAGGAGGGACCAGCCUGGCCCAGCCCCUUCAUUUUACUGUCUGGGGUGGUGAGGAGGAAGAGGAAGAGGCGAAGGCUGGCGGAGGAGGAGGUGAGAGCGAGGACUCGGCAGAAGCGAGCUCCGCCGGAGGGAAGUCCGAGCAAUCGGAGAACUCAGGGGAACCCUCCCUGGGAGAGGGUCGCGGGCUCCUUCUGCCGCUUACCUGUCGCGCCGAGGCAGAGCCGCAGCCGCGCCGCGGAGCCGCUCCCGGGUUUCCCCACCGGACGGCCGGGAGGGUGGGGCCGGUGCGGGACCUCCCCUAGCUGCCCGAACGCGCGCGCCCCGCCCCUCCCGGGCCAGGUGCAGCGGGUCCCGCCGUGUCCCCAGCGUGCUGCGGGCCCGGGAACUCCCGGCGGACGGGCAGAGGAGCGCCCCGGCUUCUCUGCGUCUCAGCCCGCCCCGGGGGUGCGGUCUCUGCGGCCAGGCUUUCAGCACGGAAAAAGAUUGGAGGGUCCAAGUCAACCCAAAGACGACAGGCAUUAGCAGAGCCGCGGGCGGCGCGUGCAUGGAACCGGAAUGUGCUGCGCGCCCGCCCGGAGCGCUCGGAGCCCGGAGGCCUGCCCAGGAGGGGAAAACGCAGCUGGGCGGCCAUGGGCCCCGGGGUCCUGCCCCAGGCUUGCUUCUCAUUUGCGCUCCAUCCAACAAGAGCUCCUAUUCCGUGUGCCAUGAACUGUGCCAAGGGCUCCAAGUGCCAGGCAUCAGGUGAAUCCCAGCCCCAGCAAACUUUAAUAACUACUAUGAUUAUUCCGAAGGUACCGGGGAGGCAGCUGCUCACACAGCAGAGGCUGUUUCUCAAAGUGGGACCCCGCCCACCAGCAGCGCCAGUCAGAAUCACCUGACAACUUCUUAGAACUUUUGGCCGGGCGCGGUGGCUCAUGCCUGCAAUCCCAGCACUCUGGGAGGCCGAGGAGGGCGGAUCACAAGGUUAGGAGUUCGAGACCAGCCUGGCCAACAUGG